ACAUAGUGCAGAAACCCUUCACAGCACAAUGUUGAUCGCGUGAACCUGCAGGGAUGCAAGUGGAAUAUUCGGUUUUAAUGUAUUCAGACUGAUGUUAAGGAAAAGUGGACACACAUGUGCAGACUCGUGGAAUUAAGACAGUCUGUCGCAAAAUGAAGACUCCUUUGCGCCAUGGGGUAGCCGUGUUUUUAGUGAUUACUCUGUGUGCAAGCUUGUUCCUCGUUUACAAUACCAGUUUCAACUAUGCGUCCAGAGAAGCUAACGAUACGAAGAAUCGGCAAGCCGACCAGACCACCAAACCUCCUCUCAGGGAGCCCAAGCCUUACGCUGCGCAAGUCUUACAGGGCUACAGUGGCAUAAUAGACCACAAGCCGCUCAAAAUGCACUGCCAGACCUGUGCCCUGGUGACCAGCUCCGGCCACCUGAUUGGUGGGGGCCGUGGCGAGGAGAUCGACCAGGCCGAGUGCGUGAUCCGGAUGAACGACGCCCCCACAACGAGGGGCUACGGCCCAGACGUGGGCCUCCGGACCACCCUGCGCGUCGUGGCCCACUCCAGCAUGCAGCGGGUGCUGCGCAAUCGCCAUGAGCUGCUCAACGCCAGCCAGGACACGGUUUUCAUCUUCUGGGGGCCCAGCAGCUACAUGAGGCGGGACGGGAAAGGUCUGGUGUACAACAACCUGCGCCUGAUGAACCAGGUGCUGCCCAAGCUCAAGGUGUACAUCAUCUCCUGGCAGAAGAUGCUGCAGUUCGACGAGCUCUUCAAGAGGGAGACGGGCAAGGACAGGAGGAUCUCUAACUCGUGGCUGAGCACAGGUUGGUUCACCAUGACCAUCGCCUUGGAGCUGUGUGACCGGAUCAACGUCUUUGGCAUGGUGGCUCCUGACUUUUGCAGGGAGCCCCAGCGGCCCUCAGUCCCCUACCACUACUACGAACCCCACGGAGCGGACGAGUGUGUCAUGUACAUCUCCCACGAGCGCGGUCGCCGUGGCAGCCACCACCGCUUCAUCACAGAGAAGCGAGUCUUCGCCAACUGGGCGCGAAUAUUCGACAUCCACUUCUACCAGCCGGACUGGAGCCCCCCGCCCCUCCCCGCCAACCGCACGCUGGGCGGCGUGGUCACUGUGAUGCCCGAGAACACGUGACUUUGCAGGGAAAGAGGUUGAAGAGAUGGACUGGCCUAAUGGACUGAGGAUGGUGUGGCUCAACACUGAGCACCAUGCUGAUGACCUGCUGCUGGCCUCCUCUGCUUGAUGUGGGCAAUCAUGGUACUCUCUGAUUGGAUGCUAUGGAAGGGGAGGGACAGAGGGAGGCAUGCAUUCCUAUUGGACAUUGCUGUGUGCUACUUUCAGUGCAGUGUUACACCAUUGUACAUUCCAGUCAGCUACUGCAUGUUUGGGUAUUGUUUCGAGUGGAUUUGGUAGCGUGUGUGUGCGUGUGUGUGUGUGUGUGUGUGUGUGUGUGUGCGUGUGUGUGCGUGCGUGCAUCGGUAUGCUUGACUGAGAUCUUUCACAUAAGACCACAUGUCGAAAUAUCCCUUGACUGUAUGACAGUAGGUUAAGUUAUCCAACCACACCCAUGUUAACACUGUGUCAAGGAGUGAACACUCUGAACUGUGCCCAGCUGAACACUGGACCUUGCGCAACCCAUGAUCACAGGCUGCAUACUGGCCAUGUGAUCACAUUCACACACAUUUAAUCUGAUUAAGCUCAAUGAAUGGGUUAUUAAUGUCUACCUAUUCCACUAUCAUGUCCCACGUUGGUAUGACUGUACAGAGGCCUGCUCAGGGGUUGGUAGGGUGAGGGGGGGGGGUUGGUGUAGAGCGGCGGUGGGGUGAUUACGCUUCACGGCUGUCAGAAGUCGAGACGCAUGAAUCUUUUAGCAGGCCCUCUCUACCCCGGUCAGAUGUGUGUGCUCGCGCAUGUCAAACGCGCGGCUCUAUCGCUCACAGAUAUCUGAGUGACAAGAGGGUGUCAUUUACAAUAAUGUUUUCCGUGUGUGUGUGUGUGUGUGUGUGUGUGUGUGUGUGUGCACGCGAGUCGUCUGUGUACGCACUAUGCUGUGUGUGUGUGUAUAUCAGCAAGCUUUGUUAGAUCUGUCUCUGGUUUAAUAGGGCAAUUUAUACAGCUACAGGCCAGAUUGUCAUGUAAAUGUUGCGCCGCGUCUCACACGACCAGCUGGAGAUUGAGAUGGAGGGGAAGCUUGUGACCACACGCUCAUCCAACUGUACUUGCACCGCUUUGCUUUAGACAAAUCGAAUCUGCAGUCAUUUUGAAGAAAGAUUGAUUUUAUCACAUAUGCGUGGCAUUGUUUAUGGAUAUGGGGUAUGUGCACUUGAUCGCAUCUCUCUUGUCCCCCCUCUCUCUCUCCCACUAUCCGUGUGAAUGACUCUGUAGCCAGCCCUUGGCAGAGAAAAGGAGGGAUCUUAUCUAAAUGAUUGAUCCCAGGUCUACGGCCUUAUUGAUUUUGGCCCACUCUCUUUAAUGUGAGUAAUGUGUGGUGCCACAGGUCAAAGAUGUAACAGUUACACAAAGUGAACAUGUUUCAUAUUGUGUUUGAUCAAAAAGAUAGGACCGAUACUGCUAUGAGUAAAAAUGGGAUGUUCCAUUGUAGUCAGGGCACAGCUCUUGAACCUAUUUCAAAGGAAAACUAAUUUAAAAAAAAAUUAUUUCAGCAGUUCUUAUACGUAGGUUAUUUGUAAUAUUAAUAUCCCACGAGGCACUGGAACUCUGGAUAUAUAAAGUAGUAGUAGUAUGUGAAGUGGUUUGAAGAUUAUACUUUUUUUCAUUUAUUCCACAUAAUAAAAAACAUUCA